AUGAGACUGGACGUGUGCAGUGGGAUAAUGGAAAAAUUCAGGAUCUUCAGGACAGAAAAGACUUAUGCAGUGAAGACUGGGAAGUGGUACUUUGAGUUUGAGGCAGUAACUGCAGGAGACAUGAGAGUUGGCUGGACCAGGCCGGGUUGUCUGCCAGAUCAGGAACUUGGCUCAGAUGAAGAAGCUUUUGUUUUUGAUGGCUUUAAGGCACAGCGGUGGCAUCAAGGUAAUGAGCAUUUUGGCCGCUCUUGGUUGGCAGGAGAUGUUGUUGGAUGUAUGGUUGACAUGAAUGAGCACACUAUGAUGUUCACCUUAAAUGGUGAAAUACUGCUUGAUGACUCAGGUUCAGAGCUUGCAUUCAAGGACUUUGAGGUUGGUGACGGAUUUCUACCUGUGUGCAGCCUGGGCUCAUCUCAAGUGGGAAGAAUGAACUUUGGAAAAGAUGUUGGCACUCUAAAGUAUUUCACUAUCUGUGGCUUACAGGAAGGGUAUGAACCCUUUGCUGUUAAUACAAACAGAGACAUCACCAUUUGGCUGAGUAAAAGGCUCCCUCAGUUUCUCCCAGUGCCACAAAAUCAUGAACAUAUUGAGGUGAUGAGAAUUGACGGCACCAUUGACAGCUGCCCCUGCCUGAAGGUCACACAGAAGUCCUUUGGUUCACAGAACAGUAAAACAGACGUCAUGUUUUUUCGAUUAAGCAUGCCCAUUGAAUGUGCUGAGGUGUUCUCCAGGUCAGCUGCAGGAGGGCUACCAGGCUCUGGUCUUUUUGGCCCGAAGAAUGACUUGGAGGAUUAUGAUGCUGAUUCUGAUUUCGAGGUUCUAAUGAAAACUGCUCAUGGUCAUCUAGUUCCUGACCGGACAGAAAGAGAAAAAGAUGCCACAAAACCAGAGUUAAACAACCAUAAAGAUUAUGUUCAAGAAAAGCCUUCACGUCUUAAACAAAGAUUUAUGCUCAGGAGGACAAAACCAGAUUAUAGCACGAGUCACUCUGCACGGCUUACUGAGGAUGUGCUAGCGGAUGAUAGAGAUGACUAUGAUUAUUUGAUGCAAACUUCCACGUACUAUUAUUCAGUGAGAAUAUUUCCUGGUCAAGAACCUGCUAACGUCUGGGUGGGCUGGAUUACAUCUGACUUUCACCAGUAUGACACAAGCUUUGACUUGGACAGAGUGCGUACUGUCACAGUUACACUGGGAGAUGAAAAAGGGAAGGUUCAUGAGAGUAUAAAACGCAGCAACUGCUAUAUGGUGUGCGCAGGAGAGAGCAUGAGCCCUGGACAAGGACGUAAUAAUAAUGGUCUGGAGAUUGGUUGCUUGGUUGAUGCUGCCAGUGGCCUGCUGACCUUCACAGCUAAUGGCAAGGAACUAGGCACAUACUAUCAG